UGCAACGAGCUCGUGAAGAGACAAGCCAAUGAGCAGCCGGGUGGUGUUUGAGGGGAUACUGGUCCCAAUCCCGGAGGUUGGAGAGUGUGGACGGUAUUAUCGUUACAAGAACGUAAAGAGACGUUACAACAUUUCUGGUAACUGCAGCUGAUUUAACUGCUGUUUUUUUUGAAGAAGUGUUAUAGGGAUGCAGUCACAGGGAAGCACUUCCAGCCAGCCCUCCUUUGAUUCGCUGAGCUCGAGCGACAGUUUCCUGUUCAGCGAUUCGGAGCAGGCGGAAGAUGAUGCAGACGUCUUCCUGACGGAAAGCUCCCACGCCGUUGCCCUGGGCGACGUGGGCGGGGUCACGGAGGAGGAGGCCGAUAGGCUGGGCCGGCCCGGGUCACAGUGGGAGUGCGACGGCUUCGCCGGCCACUCGGAGGUCAAGGGCUUCCAGGGGUCGGAGGUCGCGAAACCCAAGGAUGAGGAGAGGGAAAAGACAGAGGGAGACCAGGUGUUCACUCAGAAGUGUGCGGAGCUGCAAGGCUUCGUCAGACCCCUGCUGGAGUUGCUGCACGGACUGAAGAGGGGACGCUUUGACCGUGGUCUGAGUAGUUUCCAGCAGAGCGUUGCUAUGGACAGAAUCCAGAGGAUCGUAGGGGUUCUACGGAGACCAAAUGGCGGGGAGAAGCACCUGAACACCCUGCUGCAGGUGGAGAUGAUGUUGAAGUUGUGGUUUCCACAUGUGUCCCCCCAAGCCCCCUUGCCCCCCUCUGUCUCGGCCCCCCCCGAGCGUUCCCCCACACCAGGGGCCUCCAGCUGCACCCCCCCACACAAGCACAGGGAUCAGCGGCACAUUCCAGUCAAGAAACGCAGACUCAGCUGGCCGGAGUCCGACCCCGCCGCCCCUGCCCCCUCCCUCCGUAAACAACCCCGCCCUAGUGGAGGAGAGGAGGGAGGAGGGCAGGGGGAGGAGGAAGUGGAGAGCCCCCCUCUCCCCUUGGCUGGCGGGGGGCUCCACACCGCGCACGACCUCUCCAAUGCCAGCCGACAGGGGGACAACAGGAAGGAGAAGGAGGACGAGAGCCGAGACAGAGAGGGAGAAACGUCCUGCUCCAAAGCCAGCGGCUGGUCUGAGCCCAGCCUGACAUGGGUCCAUGUGACGCCCAUCUUCUCAGCCACUAAACCCUGCUCCUCUCACAGGGGCAAACCCAGAGACCAGAAGGGGAUACAGCCGGUCCCUGCCCUCCCCCCUUCCACCAGCAGGGGCAGUCCAGCAACACAAGACUGCUCCAUCUCGUCCACCACACCUUACAACGAUUCCCAAAACCAGCAGCAGCCAAUGGGGUGCCACAUCCAGCCUGUUGCCAGGCAGCGGGUAGAGAGCAUGACCUCAGAGAGCUGUGAGGGACGCAGCCAGCCGUCUUUCACAGUCAAGCCUUCAGGCCGGCCCGCCCCCAAGACCAGGGUCUGCUCCGCCCCCUCCAAGACCUAACGCACUGAGCAUGCCCAGAAGGAGCAGGCUGGCGUGACUAUGCCCACACCAAAGCUGCAGUGAGGAGAAGAGAGGAGGAGGAGGAAGGAGGGGUUACAGGUGGACUGUGAAGUUGUUCAUAGUUCCUAAAAGGAUGGACAGGAUGUUUUGUAUGAAAACAUUUGGUGAAACUGAGUUAGGAUUAUGAGUCCAUGUUAAUCCAAUCUGUGUUGAUAAUCACAAUUUAUUAAGAAUAUAAAUAUUCUGAGCGUAAUGAAUCACCUUGCAGGAGAAAAGGACGUGUUAGAAGUUCCUCAGUGCUUACAGAGUCGGUUUGUUGAACUGGCUUCAAUACAUGGAAAAUAAAACAUCCACAAUGCUCCCUAAAACAAAGAGGGUCAUUGAUGUUUGGGGCACGGUUGCUAGGGAAGUGGGGGGGGUUUCAGACAGAAUAAGAAUCUCCUCCUGGUAUCAAUGGAAUCAAUGUUUCCCCCUCCUUAGUUGUGGUCCCUCCACCAAAGCUGACUGCGUCCCAGGCAGGGUCAGGGGCUGUGUGGUGAUCAGAGCUGACAGUGCAGGGGACAUCUCCACAUGAGCUCAUGACUGAGACGCCCUCCGGCCUGGGACAGCUGGGAUCUGUUCCCAAGGAGAGACGCUCCGGCAUCGUCAUGCCAACACAUCAGUGUGACAUCACCCCCAGUGACAGGAAGCAGAUGCGGUGGCAGUGACGACGACGAGACGAGUCAUGAAUGAAACGUCUUCAAGUGACUUGAAGAAGUCUUGUACAGAACACAGUGUGUGUGUGUGUGUGUCCUUUGACACCACACACACACACACACACACACACACAGGAUCAAUGAUGUCAUCAACUCAGAAUGUAAACCGAGACCUGCUUUGGGACCUGGCUGACAGAUCUGUGACAAAAGAACAAGGGAUGUGACAUCACAAAGAACACUGGCGACAGGAAGUCACAAAU